CUUUUGCUGUAUCUUGAUGAGCAAAGAUUACUUCGAAGUUCCUCACAUUGGCUGGUGGCUGCUAAUUUUUGGCGGACUCUUGCUUAACUGGUUGGUUGGUUACAAGAGUGACGUGAUUCCUUAUGACUAUAUUCUAGUCGUGGGGCCAGGACUGAAGUAUCUUGGCGAUAAUCAUUCUCAGCUAUUACAACGCAUAUUCAUUGUGGCUCUCAUAAUCCACGUCUUUGAAGGUGCAUAUGGAUACACUCUAGCCAAGAGAAAGAAACUGUCUUCAACGUCUAUCUUGAAAUGGAGUCUCCAAUCGUUUGUACUUGGAUUUCCCUCAUUGAUGGUCCUACGAAGAUAUGACCCUGACUGCAAGGCAAAAAAGUGACAUGUCAACGUUGUUGUGGACCAGAUGACACUACCAUUCAUUGUAAGUUAGAUGCGUAGCAACUAUAGAUUGCUUCAAUGCCCAAUGUUGUGCAUUGUUAAGCAUGUAACAUUGCUGACAAUCACCGUCUGUGUCUAUGUCACUUACUAGCCAUCACUGAUCGUAUGGCUUGUUGAUACUCAGCAGAACAGUGGAUGAGCUAGAAACUUGUUAGUCUAGAUUCAACAAUAGCAGUCAGGUCUGGAGACUAUCUGAGUCACAUUCUUUCGUAGUCAUGUAUUAUUCUUCCACCGCAUGCAUAAAGUUUUCCCCAGUUCUGACUGCAAUGUAACUGUCUUUAGUAAUUGCUCUCAAACCCAUCUCUAUAAUUCAGCUAUGAGCCAUAAGAAACGGACUUA